AUGUGGAGGAAAGUCUUUGCUCCGUCUUCUCCUGGAACAAAACAGAACAGAGAUGAGACUGAGAGGAGACUGAAAGGAGAAAGAGAUGAGACUGAGGAGUCAGAGGAGGAGAGACAGGAAGAGACAGAGGAGGAGACAGAAGAUGAGACAGAGGAGACAGGAGAAGAGAGAGGAGGAGACAGAAAAGGAGACAGAGGAGGAGAGAGAGAGAGGAAGAGACAGAGAGGAGAAAGAGGAGGAGAGAGAGAGGAAGAGACAGAAGAUGAGACAGAGGAAGAGAAAGAGGAGGAGAGAGAGAGGAAGAGAGAGAGAGGAAGAGACAGAGAGGAGAAAGAGGAGGAGACAGAGGCGGAGAGAGAGAGGAAGAGACAGAAGAUGAGACAGAGGAAGAGACAGAGGAGGAGAGAGAGAGGAAGAGACAGAAGAGACAGAGGAGAAGAGAGAGGAAGAAACAGAGGAGGAGAGAGAGGAAGAGACAGAGGAGGAGAGAGAGGAGGAGAGAGAGAGGAAGAGACAGAGGAGGAGAGAGAGAGGAAGAGACAGAAGAGGAGACAGAGGAGGAGGAGAGAGAGAGGAAGAGACAGAGAGGAGACAGAGGAGGAGAGAGAGGAGGAGGAGAGAGGAAGAGACAGAGGAGGAGAGAUAGGAAGAGACAGAAGAUGA